CGUUACUUGCUUACUAACGGACGCAUUUAACUUAAUUCAAAAGCAACCCAGGGUGACUCCAACCUGUGAAGUAAGGAGUAAGGUAAUGACCAGGAAUGUGUGGAAUGGUUGUCACGGUUCCCUCCUUCUGACGGACGAGACAUUUUUUUUAUAUCCACUUCUUUUGAUGAUGUUCCGUUUCCGAUGCUACUCUCCCUCCCGUUUACAUUAACACCCCCCUGCUGAAAAGAAGCUCGCCAGCCGGAAAGGUGUAGGCCGCAGGUUCAAUGGACCUACGGUGGUGAUUUACAAGUUAAAUGAAUGUAUAACACGUCUUAUCUUUACAGGAAGUCGUACUUAACCUCAAAGGGCGUGACAACACCGUCACUUGCCAACACGGGUUGCAACAUUUUGAUUUCAAGAUGUGUUGUGCAAAAGUGAUUGGUGUUAAAUUCUAUUCGCGAGUCUUGAGCGCCACUCUGAGGGCACGAGGACAUGCCGCUGGUCGGAAGGGCGGGUUCACCGACGCGCGCGCAGCUUCCCCACGUUUUCCAUGAAUCACAUCACACCCACGGGGUUAAACGAGCUCCGCACACGUUUCACGCCAUGUGCUAGUUCACUGACUUAAGUUUGAUAUAAUAUUGACUUGACUCGGAAAGUGUUAAAGUAAUACCCAAUUCACACAUCUGUUUACGCCGUACAAAAUGUACACAUUACACAGUAUCCUUUCGGUAGGCCAUACAAGUCUUUUCAACGCAUUUACGUUCUUGCACGUUACGUAAAAAAAAGUAUGUGUUUCGAGAACACAAACAUCUGAAUGUGGUUAACCAAUACAUUUCCUGUUUCUUGCUUCUACAAAAAGAAAGGCGGACGUCAGAUACAGGAAACUUGCUGCCCUGAGGUUGAUGGAAAAUGUGGCUUGUCAAAGUCCUCAGUGUCAUAUAUUUCACUGCCUGUGCAGCUCAGAACUCCUCUGAUGGCUACACCAGUACACCUAUCUACGACCCCCCUAAACCAUCACUGAAACUGCUGAGUUCAUGGCCAGAUGUGUUUGAAAAUGAGACAGUGGAGUUCCACUGUGACGUCCACAGCCCUGACUGGACAGCCUCCUGGUUUUUCAAAGGAGAAAAGCUCGAUACUGACUUAAUCCUGAAAGCAGAUGGCGCAUAUAUCUACAUCACCGCAUAUGAGGGAGAAUAUGCCUGCAGAGCGGACCCCACAUCAAGGGGAGUCAGCUCUGGAUUGAGUAACACAGUCUUUAUCACAGUUUAUGAUUACUCUCCUACAGCAAUGUUGACAAAGUUUCCUGAUUUUAACCCGAUGUAUGUUGGAGAAACCGUGAACUUAACAUGCAAAGUGAAUUUGUCUUCCGGCUGGAAGUAUCAGUGGUACAAAAAUGGAAUUGAGCUGCAAACGACCAAGGAAACCAACAGCAUCGACCUUUCUUUUUCUGAUCGCGGAACGUACCAGUGCAAGGCCUUCAGAGGUGAAACAAUAUCCACAGACAUCAGUGAAGAAAUAAAACAAGAUGUACUUGAAAUCCCCGUUCCGGCGUUGAAGUCAACGUGGUCGGAUGUGUUCCCCUCUGAGAGCGUGGAGUUGGGCUGUGCGAUGGACGGUGGCGCUGACUGGGUUUACACGUGGUACAAACACGGACAUGAGGUCCAGGCAGAUGAUGUUGAUUCUCUUGGCUCAAAUGGAGCGACUCUUUCCAUUCGCUCUGCUUCUGCUAAACACAAAGGAGAAUAUACCUGCAAGGGAAAACUGAACAACAGGCCUGUCAGCAGCAACUUUAGUCCAGGUCUCACUCUCAGUGUAUACGAUGAGAAACCCAGCGUCACACUGACACAAGAUCCAGAGUACAACGUGAUGUUUCCUGGAGAGUCUGUCUCCUUUCGCUGUCACAUCGGUGUCUCUUCUGGAUGGAAGUACAAAUGGUUCAAAGAUGGCGUCCCAUUUAAUGCACCUGGAAACACGUAUUCCCUCAACUCUGUAGGAACAGCAAAUAGUGGGUCGUAUUCAUGCCAAGCAGAGAGAGGCGAAGAUAAAAUCUUCUUCAUUAGCUCCAGUCAAGCUAUACGUCUCGAAGUUAAAGGAAGCCAGCCUAAGCCCUUAUUGACUCAAGUGCCAGAUGUUGUAAAGGUGUACACUGGAGAGUCCAUGUCCUUCAAAUGUAAAGUUGAACUCUCGUCUGGUUGGAGGUAUCAAUGGUACAAAGAUGGAAUCCAUCUUCUGAGCAACAGCAAUAAUUUGACCAUCAAUGACGCCAAAUCUGUGAAUGGUGGGACUUAUAAGUGUAGCGCCACAAGAGACAUAACAAUGUACAAUACAAGCCACAGCGAUGGACGGACUAUACAAGUAUCUGAAAUCCCCGUUCCAUCCUUGAAGUCAGUCAAACCGUGGUUGGAUGUGUUCCCCGGGGAGAGCGUGAAGUUGAGUUGUGGGAUGGCUGAUGGCGCUGACUGGACUUUUUCGUGGAUCAAAGACGAACGCCCGGUCCAGGCAGAUGGUACUACAUCGUUUGAUUUGGAUGCAGCUACUCUCUCCAUCAGUUCUGCUUCAGCCUCACACCGUGGACAAUACAGCUGUUCAGGAAAACUCAAGAGCCGGCCUGUUGUCAGCAGCACCUUCAGUCAUGGACUAAAUCUGAGUGUUUAUGGAAGCCAGCCUAAGCCCUUAUUGACUCAAGUGCCAGAUGUUGUAAAGGUGUACACUGGAGAGUCCGUGUCCUUCAAAUGUAAAGUUGAACUCUCGUCUGGUUGGAAGUAUCAAUGGUACAAAGAUGGAAUCCUUCUACUGAGCAACAGCAAUAAUUUGACCAUCAAGGGCGCCAAAUCUGUGAAUGGUGGGACUUAUAAGUGUAGCGCCACAAGAGACAUAACAAUGUACAAUACAAGCCACAGCGAUGGACGGACCAUACAAGUAUCUGAAAUCCCCGUUCCAUCCUUGAAGUCAGUCAAACCGUGGUUGGAUGUGUUCCCCGGGGAGAGCGUGAAGUUGAGUUGUGGGAUGGCUGAUGGCGCUGACUGGACUUUUUCGUGGUUUAAAGACAAACAGCACGUCCAGGCAGAUGGUACUACAUCGUUUGAUUUGGAUGCAGCUACUCUCUCCAUCAGUUCUGCUUCAGCCUCACACCGUGGACAAUACAGCUGUUUAGGAAAACUCAAGAGCCGGCCUGUUGUCAGCAGCACCUUCAGUCAUGGACUAACUCUGAGUGUUUAUGGAAGCCAGCCUAAGCCCUUAUUGACUCAAGUGCCAGAUGUUGUAAAGGUGUACACUGGAGAGUCCAUGUCCUUCAAAUGUAAAGUUGAACUCUCGUCUGGUUGGAAGUAUCAAUGGUACAAAGAUGGAAUCCAUCUUCUGAGCAACAGCGAUAGUUUGACCAUCAAUGACGCCAAAUCUGUGAAUGGUGGGACUUAUAAGUGUAGCGCCACAAGAGACAUAACAAUGUACAAUACAAGCCACAGCGAUGGACGGCCCAUACAAGUAUCUGAAAUCCCCGUUCCAUCCUUGAAGUCAGUCAAACCGUGGUUGGAUGUGUUCCCCGGGGAGAGCGUGAAGUUGAGUUGUGGGAUGGCUGAUGGCGCUGACUGGACUUUUUCGUGGAUCAAAGACAAACAGCACGUCCAGGCAGAUGGUACUACAUCGUUUGAUUUGGAUGCAGCUACUCUCUCCAUCAGUUCUGCUUCAGCCUCACACGGUGGACAAUACAGCUGUUUAGGAAAACUCAAGAGCCGGCCUGUUGUCAGCAGCACCUUCAGUCAUGGACUAAAUCUGAGUGUUUAUGAUACAAAACCCAGAGUCACACUGAUGCAGAACCCCAUACACAAUGUGAUGCACACUGAAGAUUCAGUCUCCUUUAGCUGUCACAUUAAUGUCUCUUCUGGAUGGAAGUAUCUGUGGCUCAAAGAUGGAAAAUUGCUCCCCGAAUCUGGAAACAAUCACACCAUCAAAUCUGUAGAGACAAAAACCACUGGAUCAUAUCAAUGCCAAACUCAAAGAGGAAGCGACGCAGUCUUCAGCUCGGACCCGAGUCCGGUUGUCAAACUUGACGUUAAGGAGCGCCCGCAGGCUGGCAUAACCCUGCUAACUGGCUGGUCCGAGGUCUUCUCCACCGACAGCUUGGUGCUCAGAUGCGAGGUGCACGAGAGUCAGGACAUGUGGAACUACACAUGGUUCAAAGCGGGGCAACACAUCAAUCGUCCGCCCUCUAAGAAUCACUUAGUCACACCCCAGAAUAACCCCGAGCAGAGCGAGUACACCUGCCGCGGCAUUAGUACCGGUAGACCAUCUUAUUCAAGAAACAGCGAUUCUUUCCAAACCAAGAACCUUCUUCUGAAGAGGAGGGUGCUUCUUUCGAUCUCUGGCUGUAUCUUCUUUGGCAUCAUCGCUGUCUUCCUUGGCUGCAUCUUCCUCAGAGUUUUUCGCAAACCAGCUGAUGAUAAAGACAAGCCGGGGGAGGCCGAGCUGUUUCUCACCAUGUCCCAGCUGAGGCAACUCAGUGAUACAACCUGUCCAAUGGCUCAGUACAUAACAGGUGCAGAACUGAAUGAUCCACCUAAAGAAGCUGACGAGAACGGCACAAUUUGCAGUGAGACAACUCAGUUACCAAUAACCUCACAAGAUGAGCAAGUUGUGGAGAGUGAGAUCGAAGAUGUGACAGAAAAGAACGGCGGGCUGAUUUCCUUUAAAUAAUGAUCAGCUCUUGUUGCCAUUUCAGCAGAUUCUUACUAACAAGUCCAUAGACUGAAUUUGUCAGAAUUUAAUGGACAUGUAUAGAGAGAAUCUUGCAUUUUGUCCGGUGCCACUAGCGGGUCAGCACGUUGACUUCAAAUUCUUCAAGAUAUUCCCUUUAGUUACUGUAAAUAUUUGUACCAAAUUGAAUGGGAUAUAAAGCAUUUAAUGAGAAAUUGCACCCCCUACCAACAGACAUAUGCCAUAUAAACGUGCAUUUCUUUGUUAUGCACUCAGUAUUACCUGGUAGCAAGAUAUUGUUAGAAUUGUAUAUUUAAAAAUGUUAAAGGCACAAUUAAUGCAUCGUUAUUUAUGUGAUAAGAAUUAAUCAUGUACAUUUCUAUCUUAUUUUGUUACUCAAAAGCACUGUACAUAUGUGCUGAUCCGCAGGAUCAUUGAUAGAAACUCCUUUAGUAAGUUUUUGAAUUCUUAAUCAAGAUGUUUAAAUGACGUGUACUCACAAAAAAAACAUUCUUUUCUCACAAAAUGAUUAACACAAUUAGAUUCUCUUUUCCUGUUCUACACAGCCUUCUGUAAGAU